GCGGGGAGGGGUGCGGAGGAGGGAGGAGGCGUCUGGACCUUGCAGCCCCGCGCGCCGAGCCAGCUCCAGACAGAGCAUCUCUGCAGCCGCAGCAACAGGCGGCGGGCCGGGCUCGCGGGGCGGAGGCGGCGGUGGGGCGGGGAGCUCGAGGAGGAGCGACUCGAGGCCGGCCACCUCCUGCAAGGAAGAAGAGCACCGCCGCCUCCCGCGCUCGGCCGCCGCAGCCCUCCGCCCGCCACCGCGCCCACCCUGCGCAGGACCCCGCGAGCGGCGGCGCGCGCACUCUGCAGAGCCCCGGCCGCGCCGAGCUGCCGCCAGACAUGACCGUGGUGCCCGGGGACCACCUGCUGGAGCCAGAGGCGGCGGGUGGCGGCGGUGGGGACCCGCCUCAGGGAGGCUGUGGUGGUGGUGGUGGUGGUGGCGGCGGCGGCGGCGGUGGCUGCGACCGCUACGAGCCGCUGCCGCCCGCGUUGCCCGCCGCGGGCGAGCAGGACUGCUGCGGGGAGCGCGUGGUCAUCAACAUCUCGGGGCUGCGCUUUGAGACGCAGCUCAAGACCCUCUGCCAGUUCCCCGAGACGCUGCUGGGCGACCCCAAGCGGCGCAUGCGGUACUUCGACCCGCUCCGCAAUGAGUACUUCUUCGACCGCAACCGACCCAGCUUCGACGCCAUCCUCUACUACUACCAGUCCGGGGGCCGCAUCCGCCGGCCGGUCAACGUGCCCAUCGACAUCUUCUCCGAGGAGAUCCGCUUCUACCAGCUGGGCGAGGAAGCCAUGGAGAAGUUCCGUGAGGACGAGGGCUUCCUGAGGGAGGAGGAGCGGCCUCUGCCCCGCCGAGACUUCCAGCGCCAGGUGUGGCUGCUCUUCGAAUACCCUGAGAGCUCGGGGCCGGCCCGGGGCAUUGCCAUCGUGUCGGUGCUGGUCAUCCUCAUCUCCAUUGUCAUCUUCUGCCUGGAGACCCUGCCCGAGUUCCGCGACGAGAAAGACUACCCCGCCUCCCCGUCGCAGGAGGUGUUCGAGGCCACCGGCAACAGCACGUCGGGGGCCGCCUCUGGAGCCUCCAGCUUUUCGGACCCCUUCUUCGUGGUGGAAACCCUGUGCAUCAUCUGGUUCUCCUUUGAGCUGCUAGUGCGGUUCUUCGCUUGCCCCAGUAAAGCCACCUUCUCCAGAAAUAUCAUGAACCUCAUAGACAUUGUGGCCAUCAUCCCUUAUUUCAUCACUCUGGGCACUGAGCUGGCUGAGCGGCAGGGUAAUGGGCAGCAGGCCAUGUCUCUGGCCAUCCUGAGGGUCAUCCGCUUAGUAAGGGUCUUCCGCAUCUUCAAGCUCUCCCGCCACUCUAAGGGGCUGCAGAUCCUGGGGCAGACACUGAAGGCUUCCAUGCGAGAGCUGGGGCUGCUCAUCUUCUUCCUCUUUAUAGGGGUCAUCCUUUUCUCCAGUGCCGUCUACUUUGCUGAGGCAGACGACCCUUCUUCGGGUUUUAACAGUAUCCCGGAUGCCUUCUGGUGGGCAGUGGUAACCAUGACAACUGUCGGUUACGGGGAUAUGCACCCAGUGACCAUAGGAGGCAAGAUUGUGGGCUCUCUUUGUGCCAUCGCAGGUGUCUUGACCAUUGCAUUGCCAGUUCCUGUAAUUGUUUCCAACUUCAAUUACUUCUACCACCGGGAGACAGAAGGGGAAGAGCAAGCCCAGUACAUGCACGUGGGAAGUUGCCAGCACCUCUCCUCUUCGGCUGAGGAGCUCCGAAAAGCCCGGAGUAACUCCACCCUGAGUAAGUCGGAGUAUAUGGUGAUCGAAGAGGGGGGUAUGAACCACAGCGCUUUCCCCCAGACCCCUUUCAAAACGGGCAACUCCACUGCCACUUGCACCACGAACAAUAAUCCCAACUCCUGUGUCAACAUUAAAAAGAUAUUCACUGAUGUCUAAUAUACGAUGCAAUUGGCAUACUAUGCCCAGUGUUAUGUGGAACGUGCCCCCUUGGUCUGUGUAUGCCCUUGAUUUAUACAUUUCCAGACCAUUCAUCAAGGAACGGACGUGAAGAAGUGGAAAAGCACACUUCAUCCUCCCUCUCCCUAUUGCUUCAUACUGAAACAGGUGCCUGUUCUGCAAGUGGGCUGCAUUCUCUCAGCUCUUUUCUCCCCCCCCCUCCGUCUUUUUUUAAUUUUGUGACCAACUAGCUUACAUUAAAGCUUGGUUUCUAGUGCACGCCCUAUGAAAAACUGCAUCCUGGGAGGAAAUGAAACUAAAGCGUCGGAGUAACUGUUUAACCUCAAAAUCAAAAGAGAGUUGCUUCUUUACUAAGUAAAGGAGACAGAACUUAAAUGAUGCCCCUGUUUGGUGGACCUUUCAUUGUUAUUUGAUUAUUUAGUUUAAUUAACCCAGCCUUUGGAUAUGUAGACAGAAAGUCUAAAGCAGUGACUUAUAAACCCAUCAUGAAUUUAUUUUGUUUUUGACUGGCCUUUCAGUUUGAAUCUCCCCUCUAAGAAUUUGAGGUUCACAAUAACUUUGAACCAAAAGGGAAAUGGCCCAAAUGCCCUGAUCUGACUAUUAACCCUUUGGAGUUUGCAAAGAAUUUUGAAAGUAUUACACACGAAUUCCAGUGAAGUUGUGAGUACAUGCCCAGCCAACAUCCACGAAAGUCUAGAAACUUGUUUUCAGUGCUGCCAAGAGAAACAACAAAAAUUCCUAGUGCAUGUGAGAGAUAAGCUUAUGCGGUGUCACAAGAAGAUUAAAGUGGCAGACACCCCUUCCAGCGGAAGUUACUAAUUCGGACCUGACUGAUGCAGUUCCCAUAGCAACCCAUGUUUCCUGGGAAACCCGAAAAAGGUUGUCAUGGCAUCUUUUGCUCUUUAGCCCCACCCACCUCAGGCCUUGCUGUUUCCACAGUAACCUUUCCAGAUGGUUCCUACUUACAUGAUUUCAUAAGAAAAAACACUAUUUCAAUAAAUGGCAUAAAUUAAGUGUAUGAUGACAAAGAGGUGAAAUUAAUCACAAAAUGCUUUUUACAUUUUAUAUAAAUCAUUGAUGUUAUCCCAUAAUGACUGAAUCAAAAAGGAAAAUGUCAUCUUUUACACGUUACACGUGAGCCACAAUAAGGCAGGAUCUGAAUUAAAUGUCAGUUAUUUGGUAACAAUUUUUAAAGAUGCUUCUGUGCAGUUCUUUCACCGAGAGAGACGAGCCAAUGAAUGAAAUGAAGACAGCAAUAUAAACACGUUCUGUACAUAAGCAAGUGGAAGUCAGUGUACCCGAGGUCUUACUGCAAGAUACCUUCAGGUUUACUCGUUAAAAAAGAAAAGGGAAAACAUCCAGACCCCACAACAGGACUGACGCCAUCACAGCACUUGAAAAGCAAAAUUAACCUCAAAUAUAUGAGGAAUGCAGAUUUUAAUGAACGGAUUAUAGUCAGUGAAAAGGAAAAUCGGGAAAUAACCAGACCUUGAAAGAACACCUGCAAAUUUUCAAUCACAUGCUGAGGGGUGCCAGCAGACAGACAGAAUCAGGUCCCUCAAGAGCCCCACAUAAGGAACUGCAGAGUGACCCUAGCCAGAAGGAUGCUCAGUUUUAAACUGCUUGGAUGAGAGUGCACUCGCCACUACAUGUUUUUGUUUCGGUUAAUAUUCAGAGAUACAUCUCUGACAAAUGCUUCAUAUGGAGGAAAGAACUCAAAGCUGGAGGGCGCUCUUCAGAUUAUAAGUGGUUACAAAUGAUAUCGAGCAGGAGAGAAAGAGCAACAUUAAGAAUAAAAAAAUUAAAUGUUAAGGUAUCAUAUCAUUUCAACCUGUUGACAUUCUGGUGGAGUCAAGUCACCCAAAAACUACAAUCAGUGUCACAGAUAAAGAAAGCCUCCUGUGUGUUUCUAACCAGUCAACUAUUGCUGUUUUAUUUCUAUCAUUUAACUAUUGGACUGUAUUUAGUUGUGGAACAUGUUCAUGUAGUCUAUGUUCUGGGUUAGGUUUAACUUUAUCUGUGAGGGUGUGAUUAUACCAAAGGCUUCCAUUGGUAGACUAGCCCAUUCACCCAAAUAAGUGAAGUCAACACUGUGCCCAGAUGAAUGGUAUUAAAGACAGACUUGCCUAAAAGAAAUGUGCCUUGCUUGAUGAAACAUUCUUUUAUUUUUUGAUUCAAAAUGAUAGAUUAACAAAUUAGAUUUUAGGUAGGUUUUAGUUUACCUUAAUUUUACAAAAAAAUGUAUUAGUACUUAUUCUGUUUAAGUUGUCUGUGUUAACUAAAAUUAUAAUAUUUAGUUAUACGUAGGUGGUUCAUAUAUAUCAAAUUCUAUUUUAUUUUCACAGAAUGUUUGGUACGGUGAGACAAAGUACAUUCUUAAAGAUAUAUAUAUACAUAUAUAUAUCAUCUGAUGUUUAUAGCUUUUCCUUCAAAAUUAUAUGUGUAUGAGAUUCUUUGACUCAUUUUCUAUUUUUAUAUUCUUUUAGAAUGGAACUCUUUUUCAACUAAAAAGAGCAAAUUUUUAGUUGAAAAAAAGACUUGGGAGGUCAUAAAGAUGGCAUCCCAUUUGGGAACAUCUAACUUCUGUGCCAUUAUUGUAUUUACUGUGACAUCUCAGCAGAAUGGUAGCUAUUUGUAGAUUAUUUCCUAAGCCUUAUGGAAAGUCAAACUGUGAACAUUUAGUAUGUACACUGCUUUAUUCAUUUCCAUAGUUUAUCAAAAUAUGCCUGAACAAGUACAUUAAAAAUGAAUAUUUUCAGAACUUUAAUUACAAUAAAGUAUAUCAGUCUCAAAGCCAGGAUUAUAAGCUUUCUGAUGACCUAAAAAAUUCAAAAGAUGAAUUUCAUUAAUCUAUAAGAAUCUUAACUAAAUAGCCAUUUACCCAGUAGCUCCCAACUAGGUAGAAAUACAAUCCAGGUAACUUUCUUUGAGGCAAUGUCUAAAAUGAAUUUUUAAUAAUCUCCUGGUAAUUUCUUCAUGAUCAAAACAUGGAGACCAUAUCACUACCAUUUUAGUGAAGAUAAAGAGAUGACAACUACCUUUAGUUUGAGUGAUGUGAGCCUCCAAUAGAGAUGGUUGUGACUAAAGUGAAAAUAUAGCCACCACCUUGUUUUUGUUAGUGUUCACUCAUGUAGUCGAGAUAAUGGCACAGGGAAUAAUGAGCACUUUGCAAUCAUCUGAAUCCUCUUAACUGAUGGUCACAGCCCCUUUAACAGUAAAACAAUUCUGGUGGAUGGAAACAUCUUAAUUGUUCAGAUGUAAGUAUCAGUAGGUGUUGCAAAAUUAUACAAGGACUACCUUCAUACAGUGACACAACUUUAAGCAAUGUAAUAUAUGUAAUAGUAUAUCUGUUUUAUGAUUAUAAGUUACAGUUCGAAUAAAGACAAAACCUGGACUUUUACCCUCACACACACCAAAGAAAAGCACAGAACUGUAACAGAUGCAUAACAUACCAAAACAUUCACAUGAUGAGUGGUAAAAAUAGCACGAUCUUAGAUAACAGGAUACUGGCAUUCUUACCCACUGCCUACCUCUGGGACCCCAGGUAAAUCAUCACCAUUGCUAGGCUUUAGUUUUCUUGAAUUGUAGAGUGGGCAUGCCAGGCUCAGCAAACUUAAAAGCCCUUUCCAGCUACUAAAUCCUGUUAUACACGUUUCUUUAAAACACUUUGAAGAGUACUUAUGUACUAGGAUUUUUAUGCAUUUCUAAAGAAUAAAAUGAAAUAAGAUUUAAGCCUUGAAAGUUUCAUGAAUAUAUCUCAUUCUUCAAAUUGUGAGAAGAGGAAAUAGGAUUCCUUCUCCUUUAAGAUUUCACUCAUCUAUAACAGGAUCAUGAAAAAUGAAGUGGGGGUGGGGCAUCCCUCUGCAGAAGGGAAGCAGAUUAAUAAAAUAGCUGACAAGAUGGGCAGGUAUUGGUAACAUUAAUUGGAUGCUAAUGUGAUUUGCACAGAGGGCGUGAAACGCUGAAAUGGUCCCAGAACUUUAUUGCACAUUAUGAGACUAAUGGUAGGAAAUGGAUGGGGAAAGACUGGAGAACAGAAGUGUUUGCCUUAUUGUAGUUUAUUCUUUUUACUCUGGGAGCUUAGAUGGGGAUCUGCCUUGCAGUGCUAGAUCUGCCAAUCACAUGUUUGCCCUGGGAAACUCCCUUUAACUUCUCAGAACUCCAGUUUCUUAAUUUGUAAAGUAAGGGUUUAAAUUUGAAUUUAGUAAUCUGCAUAUUUCUUUUCAUCUCUUAAUAUUCUGUAGCAUUUCAGAUUCUUAAAAUAUAUGCAUACAUGCAUAUGCAUAUAUUGAUUCCCUCCAUCAGUCACUAUGAUGCCACAUAGUUCUCAAGUACUUGAAUAGAUUAUGAACUCAAACAUGUAUGUUCCUAAUACUGCUCUUUGACCUCCACAAGACCUAAAAUACUUAGACCUCAUUCUCAUUCAGAUGUGGCUGAAUUAUUGAAAUCUUUCAUUUCAUCUUUUAAUGUUGAGUGCAUUACCUAAACAAAUGCCUUCUCAAGUUACUCUCCAUAGCUUGUUGUAAUUUAAUAAUCAAAUAAAUAUAUUGGCAUACAAAUGGACUAUAGCUGACUGUAAGAUACAAUUUUGUCACAUUUAAAUGCCCUUUUGGUCCUAGAAGCUAUAACUAUAAUAUAAAAGAACAUUCAUAAAAUUUUGUGAAUUUUUUAAUACAAAGGAGGCCCGAUGGAGUCAUACUGUAAUUAGUUUUGCUCAGGAGUGAGAAAAACAUUCAGGGAUAACCCAAACACUUCUGUUUGGAAUUAGUGGACAAUUGGUGAAAGAAGGGUUAUAUCGUUUGCACAACAAAGAUAACAGGUGAUGAUACCCAUGAAAAUGGGAGUAUUUUCUUGUGGCUGGCUUUAGUAUAGGAAGAGAUAGGUUAGAUGAAUGACAGAAUCGGACACUAGAAAAGUUAUUAAAAUGGUAGCAGUCCAUCGAAUAACAGAACUAUUUUGUCAUACUGAGAUUAUUUGUCCAGAAAGUUAGUCUUAUAUCCCUUCCAUUCAGAAAAGGGGGCAAAUGCCUCUAUCAUAAUAGGAAAUGUAUAUUUUAACUAGUGGAGCAAUUAACUAAAGCAUUUAAUCUGAUGAUUUUAGUUUUGUGUAUCUGAAUUUUCAUCUUAGGUGUAAUUUAGUCUCUUGCAUAUGUGAUAUUGUCUGUGAUCGUGAGGAAUGAUUUCAUCACUUUUGUUUUUCUUUUAAGUUGAUAAAAUGUGCUAAGUGGUGAUUCCUACAUACUGUGUUAGUACUGUAUCCUACAACCACUUGUGAACUGACCACAUUAAGCAAACCAUAGUGUUUCUCUUCUAGUAAAUUGUUUCUAUGGUGUGAUUGUUUCAUGCUGGGGUUGGGGGUGGGGAAGGUUAAAUAUUUAGUUUACUUAAUAUGUCAAGGUGUUUUUCUUAAAUGCCAUAAAAUUGUGUGACAAUAAACCAAAUAGAAUAUCCUCUUUUUGAGAUGUGAGAGAAAUGUAUAGACUACUUUGGGGACUAGCCCAUAAAUGCUGUCAUUUGUGUUUUUAAAAAGCUUAUAUAUUAUGUAUGUAACAUACAAUAUAUACCAUAUACAAAAGAAAGCAAACAGUGUAUGUAGUGUUUCUUAGAGUCUACAUGUGUUUAUUUACAUAGAAUACUUAUGCAUUGCAAAGACCAUUAACAUAGUCUAUUUAAUUUCUAAACACUGUCCACAUGAAUUACUAACCCCACCUGGAGUUUAGAGAUAGAACAGUUAAGGUUUUAAAGAAUAAAGUGACUUAUCAUAGAUCAUGUGCCCAUACGUGGCUCUAAAUGUUAUUCUCUUUUACACUUUUCAUGCUGGCAUGGUGUAUGUUCUCUAUCACUGCCAUUCUAAUUCAAACUGAAACUUCAAAAGAUGUGUUGAUAUUUCAAAGUUUUAGUGAAAAGGAGUCACUGGUAUUGUGUUAGACCAUCUUAGAUAACUUCCAAACUGCAUCUACCUACAUGAAAUACCCAAAGAUUUUAAUAUUUAAUAUUUUAAUAUGAAGUCCCUGCACCCAAAUCAUACACCCAUUCAUUCAUUCAUUUAAUGGCAUCAUGCAAAAUGGUCUUCAUCUAUCUUUCACUUGCUUUGUUAAAAGCCCAUCAUAACAAUUAAUUUCUGAACAGUUUUUUUAUAAAGCAACUAGAGAAAAUGCAGCCAUUCUGAUUCAAUGGCAUAGCAGUCAUUUUUUUAGCCUUUUGUUUUUAUAUGAGUGGAAGAAGACAGAAGGAGGAGGGAGUGUAUAUUUUAAGAAAACUCUUCAUUUCCAGUAACUAUAUGGAAAUACUGGUUAUCAUGCCAUAGGUAGCAGUUUGUUAACGUCAGCCAUAGUUCAAAUCCUGGUAAGCUCUUCACUCAUUUAAUAGUGUACUUAAGGAUUUCCCCAAGUUACUUUACAGCUUAAUGACACCUCAGUUUGAAUAUGAAGAACAGUCAUGUUGCAAUCCAUGACAGAUACUACAUUUUUGUUCUCAAACACCAGGCUGCCGCUAGUACUGCUUUCCCUUGUAAAUCAGUAGUCUGUGAUAUGUUUUGUACUUCCCUGUGCAAUGCAGUGUUAACUGUGAAUAUUUAAGUGAAACAUGCUUAUUAUACUGGCAUUUAAUAUUUCCUAAUGUUGACUUCAAUUUUCUCCAUCAAAUAGAUAAGUCAAUCAGGUAUUAUUUUGUAUGAAAUGAAGUAAUAAUUAUUCUCAAUAACAAUGGUAUUCUAACUACAAUGUCAAAUCAAACAUGCAUUUUAUAUUUUUAUAUUCUUUUUUUGACAUUGAGUUAGGUCAAUUUACCAUGUAGUAACGUAAAGUUAGAUUCUUAUACCAUGUUCUCUGCUUACUGUGAGGCCUUUUGUUAAGUAAAUAUCUAUGAGUUUUGAUUGUGUGCUAUUUUCUUGUGAUGAUUGUUUUUUAAUUUGUCAUUGGACUUGAAGUGUUUAUUGCAAAUGUUAAAAAACAGAAUCCAAUAAAACACCUGGAAACGUC